CACGCGCCACCCGCGUCAUGAAGAAAGAAAAAAUGAUGGAGCGAUUCACCGAAGCUAAAAUGUACCAACUAGUCAACAUUUACAAACAAUACGACUGUUUAUGGGAUAUCACUAACGAAUUAUACAAAAACAGGACGGCUAGAGACAACGCUUAUAAAGAAAUUUUACAAAAAUUAAACAUACCCGAGUUAAAAGUCCGAGAUGUUCCGCAAAAGAUAAAGAAUUUGAGGACCUCGUACUACCAGGAGAUCAGAAAGAUUGAAGCCAGUAUGAAGGAUGGAGUGGCGACUUAUACGCCGAAGGUAUCCUGGUUUCCGAUUGCCGACGAAAUUUUACGAACGAUUCCGAGUAAUCGAGAGCGUUCCGAAACUGGAUCAGAACCAGAAACAAGCAGCAAACGAUUAAAGAAAUCCACAGAAACGAAACUACCAACGUUAGAACAGGCUCCAAAAAUCAUAACACAGACUACACAACACUAUGAACCACAGACAACAAACAUGGACGAUGAAUUUGACAGUUUCGGUAAAUACAUCGCGUCAAGUUUACGCGCCAUGACAGAAGAAAUGUCAAUUAUUGCGAAAAUGGAAUUGCAGAAAACUUUGGCGGGAAUACAGUUGCAGGCUGUUAGGCAGAAAUAUAAGGGUGCUCAGCAAGAAUGUGCACCUUCCAAGUCUGGUGAACAACUCCUCGAUGCUACGGAAGAAUUUAUGCCAGUAGCUGAUUAUUCUGUCAAAGUUGAAAUGGAAUAA